ACUGAACGGCUUUGCACAGGGACUGUAUGUACCGAGCACGACAUCCAAAUGUUUUGUUUAAUUUACGAAACACGGUCUUAAGAGUGCGUGGAAACAUAAAUAACGUUUCCAGCGGGGAAUAUAGUCGGCGUUUCUCCGUUGUGGACGCGGCUAACUUUUAAGAGCUAAAUGAGAAUCUGUCGUCGAGCAAAAUUGAACUUCAUCGAUCGCAGAUAAUUCUUCUGAAACACUCAGCGGAAGUGCAACAAGGAUUAAAAAAAAACCCCAGUGUUUCCACCACAUGGACUCGGUGUUUUAUCAAGACCAACUUGUAUUUCAUGGGGCAACUAGCCUUUCUAACUUUUUUUCCCUCCCGCAGCAGCGGUUCAAGCUGUUCUAGAGGCUCACUUUAACGCCAGCUAAUUUUAGCAAGCUAGCUAGAUGCGUUAGCUGCCAAGCUAGCAGGGCAGCGAGUUUGCUACUCUCCGGACUUAUCGCGACGUAUCCCGACAACUUUUUUUUAAAUGGUAAUUAGUUUAAAACGUUCAGCAACAGGUUGACGUUUUUUGCCUACACGACGAAACUGCUUUAAAAUAGCAGAAAUUAAAAAAAAAAAAAACGUCACUACUUUGCUUACCUUGGUUGCUUAAAGUUUUACUGUAGGCGAAGCGAAUACUUUUUUGUUUCGUGUUUUGAAGAUCGCCCCCCGUGUUUCUAAGAACAAGUAACCUAAAUGAUGCAUUCUUUGGACGCAGUGUAACCCCUAACACCGAGCGACCAUGUUGGAUUAUACAGAAUAGCAUACGACUUGGACAGAGGGGGGGGGGACGAGCUUCAAGUAGCGCAGUUGGCUCUUUUAUUUUUGUGCUGAUGCGAACAGAAGAGGACACCUUUCAUUUUUAACGUAGGGAUACAACACCUUUUCUGAAGUCCUCGUACAUUUCUGCGUCAAAAUGUCGGCCAUCUCCGCAGCCGAGAAAGUGGACGGGUUUACGAGAAAGUCCAUGAGGAAGGCCCAAAAGCAGAGGAAAUCCCAGGGCUCUUCUCAGUACCGCACGCAGACUGCUCCGGUUGAGCUUUCACCGCUGCCACAGCUCAAAGAUGCCCCCUCCACAGAGCAGCAGGAACUGUUCACCCAGAAACUCCAGCAAUGCUGCAUGCUCUUCGACUUUCUGGACUCUGUGACAGACCUGAAGAGCAAGGAGAUCAAGAGGGCCACACUCAAUGAACUGGUGGAGUACGUCUCCACUAACAGAGGGGUGCUGGUGGAAACUACGUACCCAGAAAUCACUGAUAUGAUCUGCACCAACAUAUUCCGCACUCUUCCACCGAGUGACAACCCAGAUUUUGACCCAGAGGAGGAUGAACCCACUCUCGAGGCUUCCUGGCCUCACAUUCAACUGGUCUAUGAGUUUCUCCUGCGCUUUCUAGAGAACCCAGACUUCCAGCCCAGCAUUGCAAAGCGCUUCAUCGAUCAGAAGUUUGUUCUGCAGCUGCUGGAGCUGUUCGACAGCGAGGACCCGAGGGAGAGGGACUUCUUGAAGACCAUCCUGCAUCGCAUUUAUGGAAAGUUCCUGGGACUGAGGGCCUUCAUCAGGAAGCAGAUCAACAACAUCUUCUUGCGGUUCAUCUAUGAAACUGAGCACUUCAAUGGAGUUGCUGAGUUGCUAGAAAUCCUUGGAAGUAUCAUCAACGGGUUUGCGUUGCCUCUGAAGGCAGAGCACAAGCAGUUCCUCAUGAAGGUGCUGAUUCCGUUACACACAGCUAAAGCGCUGUCCCUUUUCCAUGCACAGCUGGCCUACUGUGUGGUCCAGUUCUUGGAGAAGGAUCCUACGCUCACUGAGCCGGUGAUCCGGGGGCUGCUGAAGUUUUGGCCUAAAACCUGCAGCCAGAAAGAGGUCAUGUUCCUGGGAGAGAUCGAGGAGAUUCUGGACGUCAUUGAGCCAACACAAUUCAAGAAAAUCCAGGAGCCGUUGUUCAAACAGAUCUCCAGAUGUGUGGCCAAUCCACACUUUCAGGUAGCAGAGCGAGCGCUGUAUUUCUGGAAUAAUGAGUACAUUCUCAGCCUCAUCGAGGAGAACAUCGACAAGGUCCUCCCCAUCAUGUUCGGUAGUCUGUACAGAAUCUCCAAAGAGCACUGGAACCCGACAAUAGUUGCUCUGGUCUACAACGUGCUGAAGACUCUGAUGGAGAUGAACUGCACGCUGUUUGAUGAAUUGACCUCCUCAUAUAAAGCCGACAGGCAGCGGGAGAAGAAGAAGGAGCAGGAGAGGGACGAGCUGUGGAAGAAGCUGGAGGAGUUGAGACUUAGCAACAGCAGUCUUGUCCAAAACAACAGUCACAAACUCCUUAGUGUCCGGAACAACAACAAUAACAACAACAACAACAGCAGCAGCAGCAGCAGCAGUAAUAACGAUAAUGACAACCAGGACAAGAGUGUCGAUGCUGCUGCCAUCGCCGCGGAUGACAAAGAUCCCGAUGUCAAAGAUCCAGAGUUCAGUGUGGAGGCCAGUGAGAGCGACACCUGUGCCAAAUGACAGCGGACACCACUUUUUAUUCCCUUUAGGUGUUCACACCUGGUUCAGGACUGCCAGACGACGUUUGAUGGAGACAGAAAAACACAAAUUACACCUCAGCAGUAUAUUAAAUCUACUUAGAGUGACUUAGGAUGCCAGCGUUUCUUUGGCAGAAAAAAAAAAUCUAUAUUUCAACUUAAGACUAUUUUUGGAUGUUACAGUGUGGCUGCAGUAUAAUGUUUAUUUGUCUGAUCAAAGAUGUAUCCUUUCACAUUUAGUUUCUUAACUGAAAAUGAUUUUGUUUGGCUAUAUUCAUUGUAAUAUACAUGGGAGGGGAGCAAACAAUGACUUGAAUUUAAUGUUUCUGAUCGUGCUGCACUUAGACAAGCUGAAUCGCUAUUUAAAGAUGUCUAUUUUUUAAUGUGCUUUUCCUUGUUGCUGCCAACAUUUGUGCGAACCUUAAAAAAGAAAGGGAACCGCAGAGUUUGGGAGUAUUUGGGGCAGAUGGGACCAGAUCCAUUUUGACAUUUAGUGUCCAUUAUUGUGUAGAUUAAGGGCUGUUUACUGGAGCAGAAGCAGAUAGAGGAUGGGAGGUGCAUGGCCAAAUACAGAUAAAAACCUAAAGAAUAAUCACAAUAUGGAUUUUCAUCUUUGUCAGUGGUUCUAGUUGGGACUUGAGUUAAAAACUACACACAAUAAGAAUAAAUGUCCCACUAUUUUCAUGUUUCAGGUGUCGAUGAAUAUUUUGUCAUCUGAGUGAUCUGAUAAUUGUCCCAUAACACCUGAAUUUAUGAAAUGAUUUACACUAAAGUAUUGAGAACACAGCUUCUUCAAGACUCAAACAUUUUUCAGCCUGAGCAGAAGUAAAGAAAUGGUUGGACAUUUUUGGGAAACAGGCUCGUUGGUGUUUUUUUGCUGAGAUGUCACGAAAAGAUCGAUAUCAGUCAUGGGUCUGUUGGAUCAAAUAUGAAGCUACAGUCAGCAGCUGGUUAGCUUAGCAUAAAGACUAAAAAACCCAAAUGUCUUUGUUUAUGCUACGCUAAGCUAACUGGCUGUAGCUUCAUGUUUAUCCUACAGAUGACAGGAGAGGUAUCAAUCUUCUCGUCUGACCCUCACAAAGAAAGCUUAUGUAGAGAAUUUCCCAGAAUGUUGAACCCUUUUUCUUUCUUUUUUUUUAAGAAGUGGUAUAAAGAAAAGAAACCUGAGAAGACCUACUACCUAGUACUGUAUUUUUCCAGAGUAUUGAGGAGGUAAAUAUUUUUGAAUGUUGUAUUUUCCAGAUGGAUCACGGUUGAAUACAGGAUGCGCUUAAGUGUAUAUUUGUCGAGUGCGUUCAUGUGUAUUGUAUAUUGUUAGUUUGGAAGCUUCUUAAAGGGAAACGCCACUCAAAAUUCAGAUUUCAUGUACAGAUGAUUGUUUCUGUGGUCUAUGAGAGUGCAGUCAGUGCUUAGGAACAGAAAUGUUUCUCUGUCAAAGCUGGAAAGUAAACACACUUUUUCUUACCACUUCUUCAGUGUACAGCACACGAGAGGUUUGAUUUUGUCACCAAGUAGUCAUUUCAGAAUAAUUGAUGCUUAACAUCAGAAAACACCACAGGAUUUCUUUUUUUUUUGAACAAGUCAUCUUAGCCAUCAUGCCUGCAUCUCCAGACUUUAUAAUAACCUCACUUUCGCUUUACUUCCAGUUUGUGACAUUUGAUAAAUGUAAUGUGACUGCCACAGAUCAUAGGAACCCAUGUUUAAAAUUGAGAUGUGUUCCCUCUGAACGUGAGUGUCUGCUCUGUUAAGGUUUGAGUUCAUAUUUUUAGGUCUAGUCUCUUCUGAUGCCUUUUUCUGUCUGUACAGCAUUCCAACCUCUGUGACGUUGAAAUAAAUUGCGCGGGGGAUCCUGUUUUAUAAUCGCAGAUCUUAUAUAGGUUUCACCAUCAAAUAAAGUCGACUUUAUCUUUCUACUCAAAGCAUAACAAA